AUGCUGGAGACCUACGACAAGACCACUGGCAUGGAAUGUGGGAGUGAGCUGCUCAAAAACCAGUUUCUCUUCGACCCUGCCUAUCGCAACUUGAACCACGGCAGCUUUGGCACGUAUCCUCGCUCGGUGCGAGAUGCUCUACGACAGUCGCAAGACGAAUGCGAGGCAAGACCUGAUGCCUACAUUCGCUACGCCUAUCCAAAAGCGUUAGACGUGGCCAGAGAGGCUGUUGCAAGUUUGGUCAAUGCCCCUGUCCAGACUGUGGUAUUCGUCCCUAACGCCACGACUGGAAUUAAUACCGUCUUGCGAAAUAUCACCUUCGCCAAGGGAGAUAUUAUCUUGUAUUUUGCCACGAUCUAUGGCGCAUGUGAAAAGACCGUUACACAUAUCUGUGAGACAACUGCUGCUGAGUCAUUGAAAAUCGACUAUACCUAUCCCGUGUCAGAUGACGCUCUUUGCGAAGCUUUUGAAAAGGCAGUCUCUCAGGUCAAAGCCGCCGGCCAGAACCCUCGGAUCGCCAUAUUCGAUACCAUCGUCUCGCUCCCUGGCGUGCGCGUUCCUUUCGAGCGCUUGAUCUCUGCCUGCCGUCAGCAUGGUAUUUUGUCGCUAGUCGACGCGGCUCACGGCAUCGGGCAUAUACCCUUUGAUCUGACACAGCUGGAUCCUGACUUUCUCGUUUCGAACUGCCAUAAGUGGCUCUACACGCCAAGGGGCUGUGCCUUGCUCUAUGUGCCUGAAAGGAACCAGGGUCUCAUCAGGUCGACUCUGCCAACCAGCCAUGGGUUCGUUCCCCUCCCUACUGGUGGGGCUCCGAUCAACAACCCCUUGCCUCCCAGCACAAAAAGUGCUUUUGUUGUCAAUUUCGAGUUCGUAGGAACAGUCGACAAUGCACCGUACACUAGCCUGCCUGCUGCCGUCGAGUUCAGGAAGGCCAUAACAUGGCAGGGUAAAAGCGGUGAAGACGCAAUCAUGAGCUACACGCAGGAUCAGGCGCGGAAGGCAGGCAAGCUGGUGGCUAAAAUCCUGAACACCGAGGUCCUGGAAAACGCAGAAGGCACUUUGGGCAACUGCAACUUCGCCAACGUCAAGCUACCCCUAGACUCCACUAUGCUUGCCGGUGGUGAAACCGGAAAGGCCGUGAAGAUCGCCCAAUGGAUUGCGAACAAGUUGGUCGAUGAGUACAGCACAUUUAUCGCCAUCAUUUUCCAUGCGGGUGCUUGGUGGGUCAGACUCAGCGCGCAGGUUUACCUGACCAUGGAGGAUUGGGAAUGGGCGGGUAACAUUUUGAAAGAUGUUUGCGAGAGGGUUAGCAAGGGGGAGGCUUCUGAGUAG